AUGAUGUUCUCCGGUUCUGAAGAUCUUCGGUCGCUCUCUGACGAGUCUGUCCACUCCCGCGUCGAUGUCCCUGUCGAGCAACAGGCCUCUGUACACAGCGACGACCUGUCCGCUUCUGAGUCCAGUGAGAUUCAGAGUGAGCCGACCGCUUCUCAGACCCUUCCUGCCGUGAACGAUGUCGCUGCCCAGGAGCCCGACAAGCCCGAUGAAGAACCUGUCGCUCCUGACGCAGCCAUGGUAGGUGCCGAGCUCGAUGAUUGGCAACGCGCUGCUCAAUACGAGGCCAUGAUUCAAGCCGCUCGUGUUCUUCCUGCUAUCGACGAUGCUCCGGCCAAUGCUUGGGGCCAGUCGAGUUCGGAAUGGUGCUAA